CCGCCGAGGAGCCGGAGCGGGGCCCCGAGCCGCGGGACUCCCCGGCAUGGAUCAGUGCGUGACGGUGGAGCGGGAGCUGGAGAAGGUGCUGCACAAGUUCUCGGGCUACGGGCAGCUGUGCGAGCGCGGCCUGGAGGAGCUCAUCGACUACACGGGCGGCCUCAAGCACGAGAUCCUGCAGAGCCAGGGCCAAGAUGGUGAAUUAUCAGGGACACUGUCACUUGUUUUGACACAGUGCUGUAAAAGAAUAAAGGACACAGUCCAAAAACUGGCUUCCGAUCACAAAGACAUCCACAGCAGUGUCUCCCGGGUUGGAAAGGCCAUUGACAAGAAUUUUGAUUCCGACAUCAGUAGUGUGGGAAUUGAUGGCUGUUGGCAGGCAGACAGCCAGCGGAUCCUCAAUGAGGUGAUGGUGGAACACUUUUUCCGACAAGGAAUGCUGGAUGUAGCUGAGGAGCUCUGUCAGGAAUCUGGACUGUCUAUAGACCCGAGUCAAAAAGAACCAUUUGUGGAAUUAAAUCGAAUAUUGGAAGCAUUAAAAGUCCGAGUUCUGAGACCUGCUUUGGAAUGGGCCGUGUCGAAUCGGGAGAUGCUCAUGGCCCAGAACAGCUCCUUGGAGUUCAAGUUGCACAGAUUGUACUUCAUCAGCUUGUUAAUGGGUGGGACAGCAAACCAGCGGGAAGCUUUGCAAUAUGCUAAAAACUUUCAGCCAUUUGCCCUAAACCACCAGAAAGAUAUCCAGGUCUUGAUGGGAAGCCUUGUGUACCUGAGGCAGGGCAUCGAGAACUCACCUUAUGUUCACCUGCUUGAUGCAAACCAGUGGGCGGACAUCUGUGACAUCUUCACUCGGGACGCCUGCGCUCUCUUGGGGCUCUCUGUGGAGUCACCCCUCAGUGUUAGUUUCUCAGCAGGCUGUGUAGCCCUGCCGGCUCUGAUUAACAUCAAGGCGGUGAUUGAGCAGAGGCAGUGCACAGGCGUUUGGAACCAGAAGGACGAGUUGCCUAUUGAAGUGGACCUUGGUAAAAAGUGCUGGUAUCACUCUAUAUUCGCUUGUCCCAUUCUUCGUCAGCAAACAACAGAUAAUAAUCCACCUAUGAAAUUGGUCUGUGGUCAUAUUAUCUCAAGAGAUGCGCUGAAUAAAAUGUUUAAUGGUAGCAAAUUAAAAUGUCCUUACUGCCCGAUGGAACAAAGUCCAGGAGACGCCAAACAGAUCUUUUUCUGAAGUCAUUCCGACGCCGCUCGUAAGUGAUGCCUUGGAUGGCAGGCGCCUCUCAGAGGACUAGACAGUACUUGCUGCAUUUGCUCCACAGACCGCGGGCUCCCGGGCUGCUGAAAGCAAAAGUGUCAGAACCUUGGUCAGCAUUUCAGUGUGUCCACACUGCGGGCAAGUGCUCCGGAAUCAAUCUUACCAUAGGGCUUUAUUAUACUCUUGGUCUUCAUUUCUGAUCAAGUAAAAAUACACCAGCAGUUGUCAUUCAAUGCCGGUUUUUGUACUUAAUUAUAUGGUGAUUUUUUUUUUUUUUUACUUUUUAAGAGCAGAAACGAGAAAUCACCCUCCCCCAUGUGUUGAAUAUUUCUCCUGCUUUUAUUCAUCCUCUUCUUGAUGAUUUUCAUCCUUGAAGAAUGUUUGUGAAAAAGUUUUAUUUCCUGUUAUGUGUACAUAAUUAAAAAUACUUCAGAAAAAGUUUGAUAAAUUGAA